AUGCUUGGGGUGGAAAAUUUUAACGGAAGCGGAGAGCUGUUCCGGACCUACUCCCCGGUGACGCUGAGCCAUGACUGGCCGAAACUUGCCCGUCUACUCCUGAUGCUGUUCUGUUCCAGUUUCGGAUCCACCAUGAAUGGGUUCUUUAUUGCCUCUUUCUUUGUGGAGCACACUCUUAGAAAAUUCGGUAACGUGUUCUUGGCUUGCGUGGGCUUGGCUGAUUUUUUGAUAACUACUGGCAUGACACCUGUCUCGGCAGUGGUCAUCCUUUCUGGCCAAUGGGACAUCGUACCAGUCUGCAAAGUUCUUCAAUGUGUUGGGCUGACAUCUACAUACUGCUACAGUAUUUAUUUCGCGUUUGUGGCAGUGGAGAACUAUUAUAGAAUUUGCCGUCCGCAAGAGGAAUACGCACUUUUCCUGUCUAUGCGAAUCGACAUAAUAUGCCUCUUAAUCUUCGUUCUAAGUGCUACGCUUAGUGGUGUCGGUGUUUACUUAGACUUAGAUUAUGACUACUGCGAGAGAGAGCAUUAUGGCGACUUCGUCUUCAGGAUAUCCACAACAGUAAUGUUUCAGGCCAUUCCAGCAAUCUUGACUAUCACAUGCCUAUUCACUGCGUCCACGCGAGUGAAGCGUCGUGCUCGACAGCAAAUAAAGUACAAGCGCUCUCAACUGUACGAACGCGAGUAUUCAAUAACUGCAAUUAACAUAACUGCCUAUUUGUUGUAUAUCAUAGCGUGGACGCCCUAUGUCGUCGUUGUCCACGAGUUCCCUAACACCAGCGAUUCUGUUUACUACAACACCAUCACCAUUGGUCUAUUUCGGUCAGCCUUAACCAGUUCCUUAUACGGCAUCUUCAAUAGAAGCUUUCGGCGAGCGUAUGGUCACCUUUUCAAUUAUUGCUGCUGCAAGAGUUCUCUGUCGGGUUCGUUUUCUAACCGACACAGGAGGGCCUUGGAAUACAAAUCGACAAUUGGCGAUGUUAGGGUCCACAUCAUGCACCAGGCUAUCACGACGGGGAACCAACAGCGGGCUGUUUCUUGUUUGCGUGAGACUCAGGAGCUGUGA